AUGGCCAGACUCUCAUGGGUUCCAACUGCUGUUUUCGUCAUCCUAGCCUUGAGCUUUGCCAUUGAUGUUGCUAUGUGUUUACCCUUUUCACUGUUGGCUCAAGAGGAUCAGAAUGCCGGUGUAAUCAAUCACCCUACUGAGAAAGAGGGAUCACUUCGUCGUGAAGAUUGUCCAUCAGCAUGCAAGUAUCGGUGUCAAACUUCACAUAAGAAGCCAUGCAUGUUUUUCUGCAAGAAAUGCUGCGACAAAUGUCUUUGUGUACCUUCGGGCACAUAUGGGCACAAGGAAGAAUGCCCAUGCUACAACAACUGGAAGACCAAAGAAGGUGGUCCUAAGUGCCCAUGAAUGGCAAACCAUUCAUUCAUGUUGAGAAGAAAUGUUUCUUCUGAGUUUUUUUUGUUUUUUGUUUUUUGUUAUGCUAGAAUUUUUUGAUAGAGAAAGUUUGUAGACGGUUUUUCCUUUUUCCCAA